UCGUGUUUCAGGGAGGAAACAAAUGAGGAACACUGAUCACUCAUUUGAUAUAAUUGCUGCUUCCACAGUGACCGAGUCAUGUACGGAGGCCGAUCUCAAUGAGCGAGGUGAAUCGUUCAAUCCGAAUCCAGAAACGAUCUUGAUCAAGUAUUUAUUUAACAAGUUGGCCGGACGGGCAACGCCUGUGGAAGAUGUGAUCAGACACAUUGACUCGCAAAAGGGCAUGCCUCCAGAUGCUAAUCAAAUUCCUCCAAGUCUUUUCUGUCAUGGAGGAGAAAACCGAUCAGCAUAUUUCUACAUAUGUGCCGAGGUAGUUCUUGGUGAUGUUAAAACAGAAAGGCCAACUUCUAAUGGGUACUGGAAGCUGCUUAGUAACGAACAAGUGCACAUUCAAACGUCCAGUGACAGUGAUGACGAUGCUGUAACUGUCGUUCUUGUUGGUAAUGUACGGACGUGGAGGUAUUAUGGAAGGGAACUUAGGAGGCCCAUGAGAACAGCGUCUGAGACGUGCUUUAAAAUUCGGGAAUACUACCUGAAUCCAGAGCUUGAGCCUACAACGCUGAUUGUGACGGGAGUAUAUCUUGGAUGUUUUUCAAAAAAUUGUGUGUUUGUGAAUUCAUAGAUGAGGACUCAGAGUUGAGACUGAAACAGAAGUGCAAGGUAACCUCAUUGGCUAUAAGCGGAGGUGAUCCGCUGUUUAUCUUGCCGGGACAUCUCCCUAUCGGCCCUAGACUAAUAUGUGCACUGUUAGAUGCUCCGAAGCCCCGAGUUGAUCCUUUCGAUACUUUGUUUGUCAGAGCACCUCCUCCCUCUCCUUCUUCUCCAUGGAAGGAGGAGAGUGACGAUGAAUGGUGACUGACUUUUAGUUAAUUUUGCACUCUAGUUUCUGUUAUCAUUAUUUAUUUUUUUAUGGAUUUUUACAUUUCAGUUUGGAUAUCAUUUUUAAUCUAUUAAGUUUGCAUUCUAGAAUGGAUCAAAGUCGCCCUUCACGUUUGAUACCAAAAAUUAGUUUUGUC